GCGCAUAAUAAACAGGUGCAUUCGUUCACCCUGCAUACGAGGCGCAGCGGCACCGGCGCCGGCGCCCCAUCGGAGCUCUAUUCAACUAAAGUUCAUCGAUCAGUUCGCGACAGACAGCGCGCGCGAGCGCAGCCCAUUAGUUUAAAUUUAGAACCUGGUUCGCUCUCGUAUAACGUACAGUUAAAAACAAAAAAGAACAGUGCUUCCUAAAUUAAAUCAGAAGUUAAAGAACAUGGCAAUACUGAGCAUGAGACUGUGGUGGGUCGCCGUAGCUCUACUGUUGGUAGCACCCGACACACACGCCAGGAACGUCACACACGAAGAUAUACGUGACGCGAUGAUGUCCUUAGUCCACAUGUUCCGGACUUCAGAAGAUAAACUCGAACGUCACGAAUACAGAGAAAAGGCUCUCGGAGAGCAGCUCAAGAAAAUGAUCAUGGGUUUAGAAAAAAAACAUCGGAAUCUGGAGGCAAUGAAAGGGACGAUAUCAAGGCUCGACGACAGACUUUACAACGUAGAAAAUAUAUUCUUACAGAAAGAAGAACGAGAAAAACAAACCCAGAAACAAACAAAUGAUGCGUUAGAUGAAAUAAAAAAAUCUUUGCAAUCACUAACAGCUAUUGUGACUGAAAAUUUGAAAAAGCCCACCGCGACGACAGAGCUUGACAACAGUCUGACGCCAAGCGAGGAUCCAGUAAGCAAACGCUUGGAAGCAACAGAUGCGAAAUUGGAUGCUAUUAAACAAGAAAUCGAAGUUUUGAAAAAUAGUUUAAGCAAGGAUGCUCUUCGAGGAAUGUGCUUAGAAGUGGCUACGGAUAUAAAUCCUUUCGAGAGGCAUAUAUCUGAAACGGAAAAGCUACUUAAUAAAUACGAACUUAAACUAAACGAAUACAAUGGUAAUGCUACUAAAGUUCAAACUGACUUCGUUCCUCUGAGCGAAGUAUCACUUGCUGAUGAAGCCUGGCACAGCAAAAUGACUGAAGUGAUGGAGCGUCAAGAGAAAGAUAUAAACAAGAUUCAGAAACUGCUGUCAGACGCGGAGAGCAUGUGGAAGGAUCUGCCGCAUCUCUCAGACUUGCAGCGGACUACUAACUUCACAUUAGAGGCGAUCGCGGAAUUGAAGAAUAAUCUUACAGAAAAUCAGGAGAAAGCGGUUUUAAAAACAAAUAUGAAACUGCACGAAAUGGGCGAAAAGAUGAUUGCUACCAAUGAGGACAUUCAGCAAAGUCUCACUCAAGGCAAUACCAUGAGCGAGCGCGCCUACAAUGACAUUCAGCACAGCUAUGACACAUUACGAACUGAGUUACAAGCAUUCUCGAAGAACGAGCAUGUGCUGUUGCAAACGGCGGACAACGUAAUCGCUACUAAGAAACGCAUCGAGUACGGUGUUCAUCAAAUAUCUCUGGAAGUCAGCGAACUCAUUAGGAUUCAAGGCAACUUGUUGAACAAAUCCGUCAGUGACAGGUUCGACAAGAUCGAGUCCAAUCUGCUGUUGAACCAGUCGCAGGCGCUGGGCAACCUCAGCGCUAAGAUCGAGUCGGACAUGUCGCAGGUGUGGCGCCAGAUCGGCGUCAUGUACCAGCAGCUCACCUCCAACCGCGCCACGCUUGACAAACUCGCGGAACAAACGGUGCUAUACGUUAAUGGAAGUACCACCACGUUAGGUAACAUGAGCGAGAAGGUGAGCGCAAUAACUACACGAAUGGCCGAAGUGGAUGACAAUUUGAACUAUUUACUGGGAAGACUGUCUCUUGUGACUCAAGAAUUUAUGCAGAUAAAGACUGGACUAGGUGAUGCGUUAGAGAAAGCUAAAACUAGCUUCCAUAAUGUUAAGGCUGAAUUAGAAGAUGGCGGACCUGGUCCUCAUCAAACACAAUAAACUAUUUUAUAAUAAUGUACCAAAUAACAUAGGUAAUCAAACGACUAAUUGUAAGAUUAAAUAGAAUAACUGUAAAUUACUUGCACACAGGAGACAAAAAUCAAAUAAAACUCAAUCAAUAACUUUUGCAAAUAUUUAAUCUUUUUCAUAAUUGUGGAUCUAUAAUAUUUAUAUUGUACAAGUUUAUAUCAUACAAUUAGAUUUUACCGCGACAGGUGUCACUGUCGCUCACGAGUGAGCUCAUCAACCGCCAGUAUAUAACUGAAAGGCUUACGAGGCUUCAUGAUCUGUACAAUCAUAUCCAUACCAUAGUUAUCGAUCUAAAUAAUAUACACACAAAUUAUUUGUCUUCUUA